AUGGCCGCCGCCGCCCGCAUGCUCAGACAUGCGCUGCCUGUGUCCCAGGGCCAGGUUUUGCCAGCCCCAGGGACAGAGGCGCCCUACGUGGGCUCGCGCAGACUCGCGCAACGAUACGAGUACAAGGGCACUUCCUUUUCGGGCAUGGUGGAACUCCAUCCUCAGCGCCUGCUGACUCGGGAGGAGUUCAAGACGAACUUGCUGGCAGCACCAGGCGUGCUGAAGGUCGUGGACGCGAGCUCCAAGACCUCGCAGGGCAACCGAGGCGACCACGUCUUCGAGCAGAACCUGGAAGUCCACCUGCACCGCGAGCCCCAUGUAGCUAUGGAGUUCGAGAUCACGCGGAACAGCCACAUGAAGCACAUGGAGCGGCGCCCUUACACCGAGACAGCGAUGUUCAAGGACCCCCCCCCCCCCAAACGGCAUCACGCGGCGGCGUGGCGCGUGCUCUUGCGCGCCGUCAAGGGCCGGGAGCUCCUUCCACAGCAUGCCCGCGACUACUGCAAGAGCUGCCUGACGAGACACGGUACCUGGGAAGACGACGUGCUCCCAGAGGGCCUGGAGGGGAUCCCGCUUGAGCAAGGCUUUGCCAGUCCUGCGGGGUCUUCCAGCUCUCCGACGCAGGCACCAGGCCUUCCAACCGCGCCAGGCCUUGCCAGCUCUCCGACGCAGGCACCGCGUCGCAAGCCAAUUUUCCCGUAUCCUUUCCAGAACGCUCCCGCGAUGCCCGGGGGCCAGGCGACCGCCUCUGCGGCGCGGGUGGAAACCUGCCCCACCGAGUCGGCCUCAAUGAGUCAGGGUGGCCGCGGGGUCCCGCCUGAGCCAGGCUUUGGCAGUUCUGCGGGGGUGGAUGCUUCAAUAAAUCAGGGCGGCGCGACCGGGCCUCCUGCCAAGAAGAGUAAAGCGGCGCCCAGGGGUGCCGCGAUCGCCCCUGCGGCGCAGGUGAGCGGAGGGGCGCGCCAGGCCUCCUGCCCGGAGGGCCUCAACUACUGCGAGGCUGGGGUCACGGAGCUGAGAGCGUUCGAGCGGGACGGGAGCAUUGCAUCGUUGGUCAAGGGGACCGAGCGCAUCUCGGACGUCAUGCCUGAGGGGCGCGAUUUGGACGGCACCGAGUACGAGACGCCAGGUGCGGAGUUCAACCGCUUCGCGGAGAUCGCGGAGGAUGCGCGCGUGCGCAUGCGGACCGAGUUGGAGGCGGCGAGGAGGCCAGCGGGCGGGGAGCAAGCGGUGGCAGGCGAAGCCCAGGGGUCGGGGCCAGGCUCUGCCAGCCCGGCGACCCAGGGGCAGAAGAACGAGGACGAGGCGGAUGCGGAGAAGACGCCGCCAGGGUUCGACCCCGAAGCCGAUUGGACAGAGGAUACGGCGGACGUGCACCAGUUCGACAUCGCGGCUGACCUGCGCGAGGAGCUGGCCGAGAAGCCCGAAGGGGACCCGGCCGCCGCCCGUGAGUCCAGGGAGGUCCGCGCUGCACUCGGCACCGAAGUUCUUCCCAUCCCGGAUUUUUUGAAGCUUGUGCAGGGUCAGCCGAUGGCCAGCAACGCCGCCCUGGACGAUGUUCGUGCUAUGAAGAGUCGCGGUGUGGAGCACGUGCGGUGCCGAGUCAUCGAUGAGCCCGGCGAUCCCGAGGUGCAGGACAACACCGACAGGAUGCGCCGCGAGGCCUGGGAAAAGCACGAGGAGCGUCGGAGGACAUGUGCCCGUGGCCUGGACACGCGGGACAUGUUCUUGGGCCGCGAACUGGUGUACGUCAAGCUGGUCAGUGCCGGCGCGGUGCCCAUGACUCCGAACGAGUUUUUGAAUGCGGCCUCUAAGAGGUCUCUCUGCGUCAAGGAUCUGUCGCGGCCACCUCCGAACACGCAGGCACGGGAGGGCCGCUUGCGCAUGCUCGCGCUGCGGGAGCAUUACCAAACGUUGUUCAAGGAGCUCCCGGAUAAGGCAGCGCAGAAGUUUUCGCCGAACCAGCUGGGGGACGACGAUCCAUCGAAAGCGCUGGCGGGUUUGGUCAAUCACCACUCUGGCGAGGUGGUGGAGCUGAACGGGUGCAGAACGCAGUGGUGCCUUCGCAAGGUCGCACCAGGCAUUGCCAGUGCCGCGCAAUUCGAGAAUCCACAAUUCUGGCGCGUGCAAGGUGGUUACACCGUGGGACGACGCCCGGAGGGGCGGCGCGAGCACGGCCGGUGCGGGCCCGAGCUCUUCGCCAAAGCCGUCGACGCACAGGCCCAGCGCGAAGCCGCCGCCGUGAAAGAGGGCGAGGACAUCAACCCACAGGUCUACAUGCCCGCCAGGGCCCGCCAAUGGAGCAGGGUAUGCGUUCCGUGCGAGGCGGUCGAGACGCACGAGUGGUGUCGGCAGAGCCCCGCCACGACGCUGGGGGAGUUCUUCUGGGACUUGGGCUGGACGCACACGGCCAAGGCCAUCUACGCCUUCUACAGGGCGCUCUGGCUGGUCGCGUUGAAGAGGGACAAGAACAAUUCCACCAAGGCGAGCAGUGCGCCAGGCUUUGCCAGCGCAUCUCGGCCGGCCGGGUCGGCAGCUGCUUUCGGUUUCACAGGGUCCGACCUCCAGGCGCCCCGCAUCCGCGCAGAUUACUCGUGCCCAGCGACCAACCGCGAGGUGCUCGUGGAGGACUACAUAGAGGCGGUGGGCUUGUCCACAGCGUACGUCAGCUCCAAGACCAAGCAAGAGUUGCUGGACGAGGCUGCGAAGUGCGCGACGUUGGUGUUGCUUCGGGACAUGCGCCCGCCGUGGCUGGAUCACGCGUUCCCCCAGGCCUUGCCAGGGGAUGGCUUGUUGUCCAAGUUCACCAGACCGUCUUUCCUCUACUGGGACGCCAGCUUCCUCGACAUGCUUUUCGGCACCGCUCUGGGAAGCGAUCUCAACGACCAGGCGGUCAGCGUCGACUACCAGCUGGCGGGUGCCAUCGCGCGCCCCCUGUAUAAGUGCGUGCAGAUCGUCGACGCCAGCGCCGGAGCAGCGUGCAUGAACGUCGCGUCGAUGUCAAGGCUUUUGCGGGACACCGCGGGUCGGGGCCACUACGCGCGCAAGGAGUGCGCUGAGAGGAAACAGGGCGCCGAUGAGACGCCGGGCUUUCCCAGUGUUGCCCUUCGCGCCCUGUACUUGUACCCCGCGGUGUUCGGGCCGGAUGGCGAGCCCACGCCGCUUCGCGCGAUGACGCCCCAUCACGCGUUCGCGCACGCGCCUCCGGAGAAUUGGGGGCGGGGCGUCGAGCGAGUCCAGCGCCGCGCGGUGACCCAGGCGAACCCCGCGAUAUCCACGGCCACGCCGACAUGGCACGCUUACAACGCGGAGGAGAGCGAGGCCAUUUGGAUCGCAUCCCGUGCGUACAAGGCCACGCCGCCGAGCAAGACAUGCAUGGAAGGGGGGCACUGGCUGCGCCAGGCUUUGCCAGCGCUUGCAGGCUCCUGCAUCAUGAAGGAUAUAGUUUUUGAUUUCGCGUAG